GGAGAGCAAGCCCAGGCGAGCAGGAACAGAGAGGGAGGGAAGCAGCCGCGGGGAGCAGCGCGAGGCCGCCAGCUAGGCCAGCGGCGGGUCACGUGACCGGCCAACAUGGCCGCCCGCGGAGAGUGCCGCCGGGCGGGGCACGAGUCGGAGCCGGAGCAGGAGCCGGGGCCGCAGCCGGGGCCCGAGGCAGACCGAGAGUCGGGGGAAGAGUUCGAGAUCGUGGACAGGAGCCAGCUGCCGAGCCACGGCGAGCUGCGGAGCGCGGCGCGGCCCCGAGCGGCUGACGGCUGGUCGGCGCCCAUCCUGACGCUAGCGCGCAGAGCCACCGGGAACCUGUCGGCCAGUUGCGGGAGCGCGCUGCGCGCGGCCGCGGGGCUCGGAGACGGCGCUGGCGGCGGCGGCGGUGGGGAGCGCGCAGCUUCCAAGGGCCAGAUGAUGGAGGAGCGUGCCAACCUGAUGCACAUGAUGAAGCUCAGCAUUAAGGUCUUACUCCAGUCUGCCCUUAGCCUGGGACGCAGUCUGGAUGCAGACCACGCCCCCCUGCAGCAGUUCUUUGUAGUGAUGGAGCAUUGCCUCAAACAUGGGCUGAAAGUUAAGAAGAGUUUCAUUGGCCAAAAUAAAUCUUUCUUUGGUCCUUUGGAGCUGGUGGAAAAACUUUGCCCCGAAGCAUCAGAUAUAGCUACCAGUGUCAGGAAUCUUCCAGAACUAAAGACAGCCGUGGGAAGAGGCAGAGCUUGGCUUUAUCUUGCUCUCAUGCAAAAGAAGCUGGCAGAUUAUCUGAAAGUCCUCAUAGACAAUAAGCAUCUCUUAAGUGAGUUCUAUGAGCCUGAGGCACUAAUGAUGGAGGAAGAGGGCAUGGUGAUUGUCGGCCUGCUGGUGGGACUCAAUGUUCUGGAUGCCAAUCUCUGCUUAAAGGGAGAAGACUUGGAUUCUCAGGUUGGAGUGAUCGACUUUUCCCUCUACCUGAAGGACGUGCAGGAUCUGGACAGCGGCAGAGAGCACGAAAGAAUUACCGAUGUCCUUGAUCAGAAAAAUUACGUGGAAGAACUGAAUCGGCACUUGAGCUGCACGGUUGGGGAUCUUCAGACCAAGAUAGAUGGCUUGGAAAAGACGAACUCAAAGCUUCAAGAAGAGCUUUCAGCGGCAACAGACCGAAUUUCAUCCCUGCAAGAAGAACAGCAGCAGCUGAGAGAACAGAACGAAUUAAUUCGCGAAAGAAGCGAAAAGAGUGUGGAGAUAACAAAGCAGGACACCAAGGUUGAGCUGGAGACUUACAAGCAGACUCGGCAGGGCCUGGACGAAAUGUACAGCGAUGUCUGGAAGCAGCUGAAGGAGGAGAAGAAAGUCCGACUGGAACUAGAGAAGGAGCUGGAGCUACAGAUUGGAAUGAAGACUGAGAUGGAAAUCGCCAUGAAGUUACUGGAGAAGGACACCCAUGAGAAGCAGGACACGCUCGUUGCCCUCCGCCAGCAGCUGGAGGAAGUCAAAGCAAUUAACUUACAAAUGUUCCACAAAGUUCAGAAUGCAGAGAACAGUUUACAGCAGAAGAAUGAAGCCAUCGCUUCUUUUGAAGGAAAAACCAAUCAAGCAAUGGCAAGCAUGAAACAAAUGGAAGAAAGGUUGCAGCAGGCGGAAAAGGCCAGGCAAGGGGCGGAAGACCGGAGCCACAAGGUGCAGCAGGAGCUCAAUGGGAGGGUCAGUGCCCUGCAGCUCCAGCUGUCCCAGCUGCAUGACCAAUGCUCAGGUCUGGAGAAAGAACUGAAAUCAGAAAAAGAACAAAGGCAAGCUCUCCAGAGAGAAUUACAGCGGGAGAGAGACACGUCCUGCCUGCUCCAGACAGAGCUGCAGCAAGUGGAAGGACUGAAGAAGGAACUGCGGGAGCUCCAGGAUGAGAAGGCAGAGUUACAGAAGGUCUGCGAGGAGCAGGAACAAGCCCUCCAGGAAAUGGGGCUGCACCUCAGCCAGUCCAAACUAAAGAUGGAAGACAUAAAGGAAGUAAAUAAGGCGCUGAAGGGCCACACAUGGUUGAAGGAUGAUGAAGCAACACACUGUAAGCAGUGUGAGAAGGAGUUCUCCAUUUCCCGGAGAAAGCACCACUGCCGAAACUGUGGCCACAUUUUCUGCAACACCUGUUCCAGCAACGAGCUGGCCCUGCCCUCCUACCCUAAGCCAGUGCGUGUGUGUGACAGCUGUCACACCCUGUUACUGCAGCGCUGCUCCUCCACGGCCUCCUGAGGCCAUCAGGCCACCAGUAGGGACCUUAGCCUGUUGACCUCCAUCUUCAGCGUGGAGGAAAGCCUCAGGUACAGUGCCAAACUCUGGGUCUCCAGAGACCUGCAAGAGCCCAAGAGAAUCAAAGGCUGUCAGCCUCUGAAGACAGCGCCAAGUGGCAGCUGACCAUUCUUCCGUGGUUUGUAUAGAGCCAGCUCCUCUUGACUGACAUGUCUGUGUCCUCGGUUAUAUCCUGGCUUUGGUACAGGUGUAACUUCAUGAUUUUGCUACUGUCACUUUCACUUUUCAAAGGAUUGACCUAUUUUGCAGCAGUUGCACUAGUACAGAAUCCUUUCUCUUCCUGCCCAUAUCCCACAGAAACCUUGAUUUCUGCAGAGCUUUGAACCUCCUGGGUCUGUCAGUGUGCCUUGUCUGCUUCAUCCAGCAUUUACCAUCAUGCCUCUGUCAACUACCGUUAGCCCUGCAAUAAAAUCCUUUAUUUUUCACUCUUG